AGCUCUUCCUGCACACGCACACACACACUGAGUCCCAUCCUGCAAGAUAAUUGCCUCCCUCCUCCACACCCCGUUAGUCCCGGCAGCUAGCUGCAGCUAGCUGCAGCUCUCCAGGCCACAGCGGCCGCCUCGGUGUCGGUGCAGCAUCCGCAGCCUCCAGCCAUGGCGUUGGUAACGUUGCAGCGGUCCCCGACUCCGAGCGCCGCGUCCACCGCCAGCACAGCGACCACGACUGCGGGGGAGGACUUCGGGAGUGACGAUGAACGGCGAAUAAAUCAGAGUUUGAGCGAGAGCUUCUUCAUGGUGAAGGGCGCCGCUCUCUUCUUGCAGCAAGGAAGCAGUCAGCAAGGCCAAAAAGCACAGCCUCCUCACAAACAUGCAGGUGAACUACCUCAGCACCUGCAGGUGAUGAUAAACAUUCUCCGCUCCGAGGACCGAAUCAAACUGGCGGUGCGUCUGGAGAGCGCGUGGUCGGAUCGGGUGCGGUACAUGGUGGUGGUGUACACCAGCGGGCGACAGGACACAGAGGAGAACAUCCUUUUGGGGAUCGACUUCACCAACAAAGACUGUAAAAGCUGUUCAGUCGGCAUGGUGCUACCUCUUUGGAGCGACACAAAGAUCCAUCUGGAUGGAGACGGGGGCUUCACUGUGAACACAGCAGGUCGGACUCAUGUUUUCAAGCCCGUGUCGGUGCAGGCGAUGUGGUCGGCGCUGCAGGUGCUACACAAGGCUUGUGAGGUGUCGCGCAGGUUUAACUACUUCCCUGGAGGCAUGGCCCUCACCUGGAUGGGAUACUAUGAGAGCUGCAUCGCUUCUGAGCAGAGCUGCAUCAACGAGUGGAACGCCAUGAAGGACUUAGAAACCACGCGGCCAGACUCACCCAUCAUGUUUGUCGACAAGCCUUCAGAGAGGGAAAGGACGGAGUGCCUUAUUAAAUCCAAACUAAGAAGCAUUAUGACCUCCCAGGACCUUGAGAACGUCACCUGCAAACAGAUCCGAACUGAGCUGGAGCAGCACAUGAACUGCAACUUGAAAGAAUACAAGGAGUUCAUUGACAACGAGAUGCUGCUGAUUCUCGGCCAGAUGGACAAAGCCACUCUCAUUUUUGACCAUGUCUACUUGGGAUCUGAAUGGAAUGCAUCUAAUUUGGAGGAGCUGCAGGACACAGGGGUGGGCUACAUCCUCAACGUUACCAGGGAGAUCGACAACUUCUUCCCAGGGACGUUCUGUUAUCACAACAUCCGCGUUUACGACGAAGAGGCCACGGAUCUCCUUGCUCACUGGAACGACACGUAUAACUUCAUCAUGAAAGCAAAAAAGAACGACUCAAAGUGUCUCGUCCACUGUAAGAUGGGCGUCAGUCGCUCUGCCUCCACCGUCAUUGCUUAUGCCAUGAAGGAGUACGGCUGGUCUCUGGAGAAAGCGUAUAACUUUGUGAAGCAGAAGAGGAACAUCACACGACCCAACGCAGGUUUCAUGAGGCAGCUGGCAGAGUAUGAGGGCAUUUUAGAUGCCAGCAAACAGAGGCACAAUAAGCUGUGGCACCCGGACGCAGACUGUGAGAUGGCCGAGGGUCAGCAGGGUUUGGCUCCGUUCUGUGGAGGAGAGGACGGGGGGGAUCCCACUGCAGACCCACAGAUGUCUCCCUGCUGUGAGGAGGGGUCCUCUGACAAAGGCGCCGCCUGCUCAUCCCCAUGCAGGACUGUUGCUCUCGACAUCGACCCCGCCUACAACAACUACUACUUCCGCCGGCUCUCUGACUCGGCCCUUGACAGCGAGCCGUCAACGCCUGUACGUGGGCCUCCUCUUCUCAGCAUGGAAAAAGUCUUCAUAGAAAUCGAGGACGUGGAGAGAGACGCCCUGCUGGACGACGAGGCUUUCCAUGGGCGGGAAGGCCUGCCGCUCCCUCACUUUGGACCUACAGCAGAGGGCACCGCUGCCCAGACCUGCAGCCGGGGACCCGAACCCCUGGAGGAGCUUCGCCUGAGGCUGGAGUUCAGCACAGUGGAGGAGGAGAACGAGGAAGACGUGCAAAAGGAGGAGGCAGAGAUGGAGGUGUUGAUGCAGCCAGAUGACAGAGGGGGCGGUGAAGGAGACGGUGGUGAGACCCAGGAUGUGGAGGUCGAAGGCGAUGCGGAGGGGUUUGGGAUGGAUCUGGCGUCCCUUAAUGACAAUUCAAACAACAACAAUCAUUUGAGCCUUCUACAAAACCACAAGGACACAUUUUCCUCCUUGCUUCUUCAGAGAGAUGCUUCUCUGGUGUCUGGGUCUCAUCAGAAAAAGCAUUCUUCUUCUCCAGCUUCUGAGCUUCUCCUUAAUGCCCGCCCUCCUUCUGAGGUCCAAAGUCCUUCAUUGCGUCGUUCUGAAGGCGUUUUGACUUCAGCUGGACUUCUGAGCCCCUGUGGUCCUCAGUGUGACUGUGCCAACUGUGCAGCCUCUGCCACUGCUCUGCCGUCCUCAGAGGAGCAGCAGUCAGCGGAGGCUGAGGACGGCAGCCAUUUGCUUCGAGACAGCCAGUCUGAAUCUGCCUCGGAUGUUCUCCCUGAGCUGAUGAGAGCCGAUUUUGAGGAAGAGACGCCCGCAGUGGCUUGUUACCUUGGCCAACAGCAGGAGAGCCUUGUGCAGCUGCGUCAGUCUGGCCUGGUCCGGCGUCGGGCAGAGAGGCUUGAGAGGCUUUCAGGAAUGUCCCUGCAGGAAUGCCAGAAGUCUAAGAGGUGUCCUUCUCACAACGAGGAAAAGGAGGAGUUCUCCAGUUUUACCGGGGAUUUCGCUAAAACUUCAACCCCGUGCCAAGUGCGGUUAGAGCCACUGGUAGUGCCGCUGACCAACGAAGCCUUGUUGGGGGUGGUGGGUUCAGGGCUCCUCACGCCCACCUCCUCCCCUCACGGCUCCACGCUGACACGGAGCUCCAGCAGCGACAGUCUGCGCAGCGUGCGGGGGAAACCCGGCCUCGUGCGUCAGAGGGCGCAGGAGAUCGAGACGCGCUUGCGGCUGGCAGGCCUAACCGUGCCCUCCAGGCUGAAGCGCUCCAACUCGCUGGCCAAGUUGGGAAGCCUAAACCUCUCCUCCGAUGACCUGUGUUCGGCCUGUUCUUCAGACGCAGGGACGCUGCUGCUCCUCUCGCUGUCCCCAGAGCCGGACCAAGGCUUAGAGUGGGACCCUCCAACCGCCUCGUCGUUGUCCAGACCCGGCAAGAACCUGCUCACUCCAGGAAGAGCAUUUCCAAGUGAGCCCAGGAGCUGACAAAUCAAGUGGGACUCAUACAUGCUCCACUCACCUUCCCUUCUGUUGCGCCGUGUGGUUGUGAAGGGCUGCACCUAUCCCGGAGAAAAGCGAGUCGAAACUGAGCAAACACAAACACAAUGCCAACACUUACACAAGGAGGCCACAACGUUUCUCAAACUGCUGUUCAUAGCGAUCAAAGUCAUACUGCUGUAUCUGACAAACCUGUUAAGCCAUCAGAUCACCUCUAACUCUGAAUCACAGACAAACAAGUGCCUUAACCAAGAGACCUGAGGCACAGAUCUGUGUGACAGAUUGCACGCUGAGACGGUACCAGGCGCUCUGUGACCUUUAACCUGGUUUCCAGCAGCUCCUGCUUUACCUGUCAGGUUUAAAGUUAGAGCCUGCAUUGAUGAACUUUGGUGGAAGCAGAAUUGUUUUGACGACUGUUUUUUUGUUUUUGUUUUUCUUGUUGUUUUUUUUAAAGGUUACCUCAUGUUGCAUUCAGGGAGUUCCUGUCCAGAAUAUUUCAGGAUUUUUGAAGUGAGAUUCUGCAGUGAGGCCAAAAGCAGUUAAUUAAUAUUUUAUUUCUCGUAGAAAUGGUAACUCUGUCGGAGUCUUGGUGUAAAACACUGCACUGUUACGGCAACUAUUACUCAAACACCUGGCAUUUAGGCAAAAAUUAGUUGAUAGGAAAUGAGACAUUUUUAAAAGAAUAAUAAAACGAUGCAAGAGGAGCAUCCCUUCCAAAAAAUAAACUAAACUAUUCUAUCUAUUUAUAUGUUACAGUGGAUUUAUGCCAUUCUUGAUAAUCGGUUGAAAUUUUAGUAGACCUACAGCAUUCAAAUCCUUAUAAUAAUCGCUGACCAGCUUUUUGCAUGUUUCAGGUUUUUAAGGUUUUAAUAUUUCCAAGUUUUCAGUACUUGGUCUUAAAUUUCAUUUUGUCAUGUCUAAUAAUCAUUUUGAAAUCUUUAUGGUCAUAAAACGUUUUACAUUUAAACCCACUGAAGCUUACAGAUCCCUUGUGUCUUUCAUGUUGGGGUUAUUUAGCCUGAAACGAUCAACAGGAAAUUGAGAUAGGAGGCGGUGUGCCACAAUGAGCUUCCCCAUGAAACAAGUACUAAGAACGUAACAUGUCACACAUUUUUAUUCAGAGACAGCAGAAGCAGAGUAGAAACCAAAAUAUGUAUAUAGCAUGCAGUUUUGGCAAUCAGACAAUUAUCCUGCCUGGAAACCUUUAAAUGCUCUGUUCUCAGUUGGUGUUUCACACAGGAAGGUCAUUAGUGGUGCGCAUCCUCUUACCUCUGUUUUCUGUGACAUGAACAUGGCGCCUGUGUUAAUAACCACCCAGUGCAAACAAGAAAACAGUUUAAAGUUUUAUCAGUUUCAUAAACUGCUUUGAUGUUCUUGAGAUUAGAAUUGUUUUAAGAGGAUAAAAUAUUGCUGGUUUGGCCUCCGAGACCAUCUAAACUGGAUUUAUAUUAAAUGAACAGAACCUCGCUUCAAAAGUCCUGAACUAGUCCUUUAAUUGGACUUCUUUCACUAAUGCUUGGUUAGAGUGAGGACAUUAUUGUUGUUUUUUUUUUUUAACUAAUGUGUAAUCUAUUAAUUACACUUGUGUGUGAAUGGGAGUGGGAAGAGAAACAACCGUUGCCAGAGGCAUACUUGCUGUUUUCAACAACCAGAACAGAAUCUUUUCUGAGUUUGUUGUUCCUUUUGCACUGCUUUUUGUUACCGAGUCGAUUCUGGCGAGCUAUCUUCCAAAAUAACAUGGGAGUAAUGUUAUUAAGCUCAUCAUUUCCUACAGUGUACAAUAUUUUGGGGGGGAGCGUAGUGACAAGAAGUCACGCAGCAUGGCUUGAGAUCAAAAUAAAAAUGGCUAGUGUGAGAGUUACAUCUCCCAUUUGUGUGCACAUUCCUGACGUUUAAAAAUAAAUAAAAAAAAUCCAGUGGAAACUCUACCUGUAAGCAUUCUCUGGCUUAAAUUCAGUUAAAGUGCUGCCAAUUUCUCUAAGCUCAUUUGUGCUUUUCAAAGUGUGGGAGACCAAAGUUAUUUUUUGCCGUCUUAACAAAUUGAGAGCUGUACGAAAUAUGUGAAUCCUAAUGUCAAUCGCGUACAUAUUUAAAUGCUGUCACCUCUUUAUUUGCACCUUUCAGAGUAGUCAAACAGAAUCUGAGGAGUCACGGGGCUCAUAGCUGUUAGGCUUUUAUGCUCAUAUCAUCAGUGAGUUUUAAAGCACUUAUGACGACGUUCACAAUAGGUUACUUCACAGUUUUGUAACCUUUUUCUUUUUAUAUUUUAAUUAUGCAGUAAUUUUUGUACUGUGCAUUGCUGUAGUUUGAAUGCAUAUUGCACUUUUUAUGUUGGUAAGCAAAUAAUGUACUGUAUGUGCUAAUUAUGAAAAUAAAAUCCUCUUUUACAUAA